AUGGCCGCGUCUAGGAUUCUUUCUGUAUCUCAAAAGAUCAUUAAGCCUUCUUUCCCCACUCCUUUACUUAGACGACACAAUCUCUCUUUCCUUGAUCAAAUCUCUCUUUCUAUAUAUGCACCAACUGCCGCUUUCUACUCUAAACCUGCAAAUAACAACAUAAGUCAGAUUCUUGAAAACUCCCUUUCAAAAGUAUUAUCCUCUUAUUAUCCUUUUGCCGGAAGAAUAAAGGCAAUCAGUAUAUGUAUAUCGCACAAGAUUGCUGAUGGCUAUAAUCUGUCGAAGUUCCUUAAUGAUUGGGCUGCUACAACUCGAGAGUUGGAUUUCGAACCAUCUACUCAGUUUGAUGCAGCUUCGUUUUUCCCACCGAUGGAUGAUCCUCCAGUAAUACCUAAUGUUGUUCGUGAACAAUGCGUGUCAAGAAUGUUCAAUAUCUCAUCUUAUAGCUUAGGCAAACUCAAGGAUAUCGUUUCAACUAAUUCAGAAGUGCAGAAUCUAACUCGUAUCGAAGUUGCCACAGCACUUGUUCAUAAAUGUGGAAUGUCAGUAUCUAUGGCGAAUUCCGGCUUGUUCAGACCAUCUUUAGUGACUCAUUUAAUGAAUUUACACCCUCAUUUUCCCCUAAACACCAUUGGAAAUGCUUAUUGUUUCCUUAACUCAGCAACAACGACAGAAGAUGAGAUACAAUUGCCCCACAUCGUUGCUCAACUACGAAAGGCUAAACAACAUCAACGAAACAUGUUGAAGGAUAUGAGUUCAGAUAAGAUAGCCUUACACGCGCUUGAAUCAAUCAAUGCGGGUGUUAACAUAAUAAUAGAGAAGAAAUAUGAUCCUUAUAUGUACAGCAGCUUGUGCAAUCUAGGAUUAUAUAAGAUUGAUUUUGGAUGGGGUAAGCCCAUAAAUGUGACCUUAGCGAGAAGUCCAAUGAAAAACAACAUUGUUUUCUUGGAUAAUCCAAGUGGAGAAGGGAUAAAUACAUUAAUCACUUUGACAGAAGCUGAUAUGUUGAUAUUUCAGAGUAACAAAGAGCUCCUAGAAUUUGCUUAUCCAGUUGUUUACUCACCGGAAUAA